GUUUCAGUCUCUUACCUUUUCUUCUAUGUCUCUUUUCCCCAGUUUGUCGCUCAACCCAACUGCCAGCAGCUUCUUGCGUCUCGGUGGUAUGAUGAGUUCCCAGGCUGGAGGAGGCGUCACUGGGCAGUGAAGCUCAUCACCUGUGCUUUCAUCGGCCUCCUCUUUCCGUUGCUUUCUGUCUUCUACCUGCUCUUUCCAAAGACUCGCUAUGGCCAAUUCAUCCGUAAACCUUUCAUCAAGUUUAUCUGCCACACUUCUUCCUACUUGACCUUCCUCCUCCUGCUCUUCUUGGCCUCACAGCAUAUCGACUCUGAUGACCCAGCAUGCCAGGCUGCCCACAUCCAGGGCCCAGAACCCACCACUGUGGAAUGGCUUAUCCUGCCCUGGGUGAUUGGUUUCAUAUGGGCUGAAAUCAAACAAAUGUGGGAAAGUGGUUUAAAGGACUACAUGGAUGAUUGGUGGAACAUAAUGGACUUCAUAAUGAACUCCUUGUAUCUUGCAACUAUUUCUCUAAAAAUUGUUGCAUAUGCAAAGCACAAAGAUUGCAGACCGAGAGACAGCUGGGAAAUGAUGCACCCCACGUUGAUAGCAGAGGCCUUGUUUGCCAUUGCUAACAUCUUCAGCACCUUACGUCUGAUCAGUCUUUUCACUGCCAACUCACACUUGGGUCCCUUACAGAUUUCACUUGGCCGAAUGCUUCUGGACAUCCUCAAAUUUCUGUUCAUCUACUGUCUCGUGCUUUUGGCUUUUGCGAAUGGCCUUAACCAGCUCUAUUAUUACUAUGCAACAGUCCCAUUAACCAAGGAUGGUAAAAAGGACUGCUACGGUGUUCGAUGUUAUACCCAAAAUAAUGCCUUUUCAACGUUGUUUGAAGCACUCCAAUCAUUAUUCUGGUCUGUGUUUGGCCUUAUUGGUCUCUAUGUGACCAACGUGAAAGCAAACCAUACAUUUACCAAAUUUGUUGGCUCUACUAUGUUCGGCACCUACAAUAUAAUCUCCCUGGUGGUGCUUCUGAACAUGCUAAUUGCAAUGAUGAACAAUUCCUACCAGCACAUUGCUGAUCAUGCAGACAUAGAAUGGAAAUUUGCACGAACAAAAUUAUGGAUGAGCUAUUUUGAAGAGGGCGGGACUUUACCAUCUCCGUUCAAUAUAAUACCGAGUCCAAAAUCGGUGUUUUAUCUACUGAGGUGGAUAAAAACAAAUGUGUUCAAGAAACCAAGCAAAAAAUCACUGGAGACAUUUGAGACAUUAGGGGUGCGAGCAGCAGAAAAUGUCAAAUUAAACCAUGAAUAUCAGGGUGUAUUGAAGAACCUUGUGAAACGAUAUGUUGCUGCAAUGAUCAGAAAUGCCAAAACCGAGGAAGGGUUGACAGAGGAAAACUUUAAGGAGCUUAAGCAAGAUAUCUCCAGCUUCCGCUAUGAAGUUUUGGGAAUGAUGAAGAGUAAACCUCACAGCGGGGGAACAAGUCCAGUUGCGAGCACAACAUUGGCUUAUCCUGGAAAUUCCUUCAAAUAUUGUCGCAAACCUGCUGCCACUGAACGUCAAAAAGAGUCGCGUAUGUCCGAGGCAAAGUCCCCCACUAUACUUCAAAAUAAAGCUGCCAACACAACCAACUCUCCAGGCUCAAAUUAUCAAAACAAUUGUUCCGUUGUUGUGUGGAGUGCAGAGAUGACUGAGAUUGAAAUAUCAAAAGAGCAGACAAAGCAUGAGUGGCCUCCGAAACAGGAGAAAACGUCCUUUCUGAAAUGUGAUGAAAACAAUUCCUUUUUUGUGGCAUCUGGCAGGCAAAACCAAGACGAAGCUCUGAGUGGCAAAGCAGAUGUGGAAGUCUCACAGAAUAUGAACACAGAAACUCAGGAAAUGGGGCUUUCUUGUACCGUCCUUUCUAAGGAAGUGACAAACGGUCCAAAAAAAGUGCAAAGCUGAGUCUGCAAAUAAGGAACACACAGUAGAAUCAUUAUUUACUUAAUCAUCAUAUUUAAAAAAAAAUAGCUUGUGACUGACAGUAGCUAUACUACCAUACUGUUCUUAUACAUUAAUAUGUCUAAUCAGUUCUUGUACAUUAAUACGUCUAAUCAGUUAUAUAAAGACCCAAUAAUAUAUCCUCUUUACGAACGAUGUGAUUGCUCACUUGCUGCUCAGGAAAGUGAGUUUUCAGCAGGUAUGUUAUUUAUCUCUUACUUUGAACAUAAAAAAACAAAAGACUGUUUCUACCUACACAAACAGUAAUACACUUGAAAAUGUUUAUUUUUGAUUCUAUAUAAUUGUGCAAGAAAAUCUGAAUCUAAUUUAGAAAAUUAACACUAAUUAUAUAUGUCCCCAGCCUGCUGUUUAAUCUAAUGUAUUGUUUAAUUUAGUCAUUACCUCUGAAUAUCACAGAGCUUUGAAAAUUAGAGGCUGCCUGUACUUCAUGUUUAUAUCCCCAAAGAUGGUAAAGCUGUGAGAUGGAACAAUCUUAACAGUGAUGUUAAAGAAAAGAAGAUGUGUGCACAUUUUGAGACUGCUUUCAGAAUCUGCUUUCUAAAAAAUCUGUGUUUUUAUCUUGCGGGCUAAUGAGCUUUGACAACUUUUACUAUUUAUAAAACAUUAUAAAUGUUCACUAAUAAAAUGAAGCAAAAUGUUAUGGUUUCUAAGUUGCCUUUAUUUGAAAAUGU